AUGUAUGGUCUCGAAUCACUACUAACGGGUGUGUGGGAAAAUGACGAGAACUUUGAGGUGCCUGAACGCCAGCUAAUAAAUCCGUCGGCACUUCUGCGAGAUCAAAGGAAUGGAAGCCAACUCAACCUCCUCGCUCCUUGCACUUCAUCGACCCAGCAGCUCUUAACUAGUGGCUUCAUUCAGCUGGAAAGCCACGGCGUGGGUGCAUAUAAUACCCUUUUUCUUUUUUUGUGUCGAAUGUCUUUCAUUAAGUUGUCACUUCAUUUUGUCACCCCAGCCUCCUCCCCUUCAUUAUCAGUGUCUCAAGCUUCCCCCUUCCUCUCGCUUUUAUUCAAGGCUACUUUUACUCCUAUUAUCUCCUACGCUUUAUUUGCUAUCGGUGACUCAAGCCGUCGAUAUGUACAUUCCGGUAAACUCCUGCCCCGAUUUUCAUGGGUUGAAUCUCAUUCCUACCAUUCUCAUUUGUUGCUUCACACCAGCCUGUAUCUCCAGGAGUACCAAUCUCUCAGUUCACUACCCUCCUCAGCGACAGACACAACACAUCCACACCGCAUCGCCAAACGCGAUGCCGGACUCGCUGGCGGUGGUGUGGGUGGCUUCCUCUCCUUCCUCAUUCUCAUCUGGAUCAUCUGGUGCUGUAUCCGGCGUCGUCGCACUGUCUAUGUCGCCGACACUACCCAGCAAACCGCCGUCGCUACUUCUAGCAAUAAUGAAGCAGCUCAAGCUACCGCUACCGCUAAUAACAUUACGGUUAACCCGGUUUUCAUGGUUGCUAGUCCCCAGCCUGCUCAACAGCCACUUUCUCCGCAGCCGACGGGGUAUGGACCAGCACAGCCGCUUUCGCCGCAGACAACCGGGGGCUACCCAGUUCAAGGGGAGAUUCCAAUGACCACGCUUCCAGUCCAACAACCUAUACAAGCGUAUACAGGAGCUGUAGCCACUGCUGGUGGCGUACCGGCCCAGGCACCGGUAUCCGUGGGAAGCCCAGCGCCCCAGGGGUAUCAACAAUUCCAGCAACAUUCUGUACAGAGUGCUCCGAUCCAGACCGCGCCAAUUCAAACAGCGCCAAUCCAAGCGGCACCGAUUCAGACCGCCCCGAUUCAGCAAGGGCAAGAUGGCCCCCCCCCUCAUGAUCGGGUAAUGUGGAUGAAAGAUGACAUUGGCUUUGUCGAGCUCUUGAGGAGUAUCGUAAUUCGUCUUAAUAUACCCUUAAUAAACAACCGCUUCCUCUCAAAGUUACGUCCGCUUCUCUAUACGUUGUGCAAUGUUUGGGCCAUCGUUUACGCUCCUUUCCAUCUUAGCAAUUUCCCUAUCAUAUCGCCCUCGCACAAAGCGUACUGGCCUUUGGUGCAAAUGGAGAGGACCAUGGCAAUGGCUAAGGGGAUAUAUACGGUACUGCCCUCUGCUGUACCCCUAUUCCUUCAUGUAUUUAGUUCCGAGUCCCCACGCACUCCCAUAUGCCUCUGA